CGGGCUUUACGUAACGGCGGUGGCUGGGGGGUCCCCGAGCUCCCCGCCCCGUCCCCGGCUGCCCUCCCAAAUGUCCCUGUCGGUGCCCGUCUUCAGGAGGGGAAACUGAGGCACGGAGUGGAGAGCUGCAGGCGAGGGAGUGGAGAGCCCAAGGAGAGCCCAAAGUGAGACCAGCCACCUCCUCACCAUGGAUGCCACGGACGUGCCCCUCCAGGCCGAGAUGGUGGAGCUGGUGCCCAACGGGAAGCACACGGCCGCGCUCACUGCCUCGGCUGUCCCUUCUCUGGCAGGGGACAGGUUUGAGGAGAACCAGUCUGGUGCAGCGGAGAUGGAGGAGUUCCUGCCCCACGGCGCUGAGAAGAAGCAGACGCACUUCACUGACUUCGAAGGGAAGACGUCUUUUGGGAUGUCCGUCUUCAACCUGAGCAACGCCAUCAUGGGCAGCGGCAUCCUAGGGCUGGCCUACGCCAUGGCCAACACCGGCAUCAUCCUCUUUCUCUUCCUCCUGACAGCGGUGGCCCUGCUCUCCAGCUACUCCAUCCACCUGCUGCUCAAGUCCUCUGGCAUCGUAGGCAUCCGUGCCUACGAGCAGCUGGGCUACCGAGCCUUCGGCACGCCGGGGAAGAUGGCCGCAGCCAUCGCCAUCACGCUGCAGAACAUCGGAGCCAUGUCCAGCUACCUGUACAUCGUCAAAUCUGAAGUGCCUCUCGUCAUCCAGACCUUCCUCAACCUGGAGGAGAAGACCACGGACUGGUACAUGAACGGGAACUACCUGGUGAUCCUGGUUUCCGUCACCAUUAUCCUGCCCCUGGCCCUCAUGAAGCAGCUGGGCUACCUCGGCUACGCCAGCGGCUUCUCCCUCAGCUGUAUGGGCUUCUUCCUCAUCUCGGUCAUCUAUAAGAAGUUCCAGAUCCCCUGCCCCCUCCCUGAGCAGGAAGACAACUUCACAGGCAUCCUCAAUGCCACCUUUGUCAGCACCAGUGACUACCAGAAUGGCUACACUGUCCUCCAGGCACCUGACCAGGGCAUCUGCACCCCCAGCUUCUUCACCCUCAACUCCCAGACGGCGUACACCAUCCCCAUCAUGGCCUUCGCCUUUGUCUGCCACCCCGAGGUCCUGCCCAUCUACACUGAGCUGAAGGACCCCUCCAAGAAGAAGAUGCAGUGCAUCUCCAACAUCUCCAUCAUGGUCAUGUACCUCAUGUACUUCUUGGCUGCCCUCUUCGGCUACCUCACGUUCUAUGGCCGGGUGGAGUCAGAGCUGCUGCACACGUACAACAAGGUGGACCCCUUCGACGUGCUCAUCCUGUGCGUGCGGGUGGCCGUGCUGACGGCCGUCACCCUCACCGUCCCCAUCGUCCUCUUCCCGGUGCGCCGGGCCAUCCAGCAGAUGCUGUUCCAAGGGAAGGACUUUAGCUGGAUCCGCCACAUCACCAUUGCCGUGGUCCUGCUGACCUUCAUCAACCUCUUGGUCAUCUUCGCCCCCUCCAUCCUUGGCAUCUUCGGCAUGAUCGGUGCCACCUCCGCUCCAUGCCUCAUCUUCAUCUUCCCCGCCAUCUUCUACAUCCGCAUCAUGCCCAAGGACAAGGAGCCGCUGCGCUCCACCCCCAAAAUCUUGGCUGCCUGCUUCGCGCUCCUCGGGGUGCUCUUCAUGAUCAUGAGCUUGAGCUUCAUCAUCAUCGACUGGGCCACGGGGGGUGGAAAGAGCGGCGGCAGCCACUAGCCAGCACCGGGUGCCCACGCCAACCUCCCCCCGACCCACCGGUGCCCCAGGGAGAGCCGGCCCCGGGCUCAGCCUGCGUGCCACGGCCCUGCCAGGCUUCCCUGGGGACCUUCCGCCGUUGCUGCCCAUCACCCACGGUGGUGGUGAGGGGGCAUGAGCCAUGGCAGGCGCGGGCACCCCCCGACCUGUGCCCGGGAUGGGGCAGCGAGCCUGGGGUGGGCGCUGUGCCCCGGCCCAGCUCCAGCGGGUACCCUUCCUGCUCCGCGCCUCAGUUUCCCCAUCUGUAAAAUGGGGAGAAUAAUACUGCCCUACCUCACCGGGAGCUGGCUGUCAGGUGGAGCUUGUCUCUGCUCACCCAGAGCCACCCGCAGUGGGCACUGCCCACCAUGGGGGCCAAGGACCGGGACCCUUUCCUGGCCCCCCAGGCAGCAUCGAGAGCCCUGAUGAACAGUGUCCGUGGGGGGGCUGGAGUCCAGCGGGGUGGUGAGACCCGAGGCAGUGCCAGUGCCCAAGCUACCUGUCCUCUCCCCAUGCUGUCCCCUGGUCCCUGGAGAGAUGCCACCCCACUGCCCCACCAUCACGGGGGGCACCCUGGCCCCUCUUGAGCCUGCUGAUGGAACGGUGGGCUCCUGGUGCCCACGGAUGGGACCCCGGGGACUCCCAGGCCAUGCUUGGGGACCUGCCGCAUCGCUCCGGGGAGGUGGCAUGCCUGUCAGGGGCUUGGGACCCACUGGCAUCCUGCCUGUGCCCAGGUCCUACCCCCCCCUCCAUGGGACACAGAUGGGGAGUGUGGGGGGCUUGGCGCAGCGCUCCCUGCGGGGCCAGCUCGGGGCUCCGGAGCCACCCCUCUGUCUGCGUGCCCAGACGCCAGGUUGAUGGGCACCCCUGCAACCCAAGCUGGCCCUUGCUCACCUUGCAGCCAGGGCCGGCGCCCGCCCAGGCCCCCACAGCCCUCUCCCACCCACCCGCGCCGCUGGGAUGCCCCACGCCAUGCCAAAACCCGGAGAGUGGCUCUGCCCACCCCCACCUCCCUCCCCAGUGUGUGCAGGGGGGGGGCAGCC